AGUGAUUGAUAUUAUUGAGAUUGAGACAAUGUCAUUUACAUGUACUCAAAAUGAUCAUGUGGCGGUUAGCAGAGAAUGACAGUUCGUAAAAUCUCGAAGUUUGGUUCAGUAAAAUGUUCUAAAUAUGAUUUUCCGUAAGUCUUGGACAGUGAGAUAGUGAUACUUGAUAAGUAUUUCGCUCAAACUACUGUGCUAAAUGUCACGUUUCAUACCAGUGUUACCUGGUUGAUUUGAUGAGAUAGAAUGACGUGAAAUUACCGUAUCGGUUCCCUCAUUCAAGUUCCAUUAUGAUUAGAUAAUAAUGAAGUAAAAUCUGUUGAGAACUUGAGUUGUCCAUCGUUUAUUCGUUUCGCAAUUAUCGUUUUUCGCUUCUGCAAAAUGAACAAAUAUAUAUUUAACAUAUUAUGUACUGUUGCUUUUACAGACCUUGUGGCCAUCAGCCUUGUUGUGCCUUUGAUGGGGGCACACUUGAGAUCCCUUGGAAUGUCUCAUUUUCUUAUUGGUUUAUUAGGAUCUGCAUAUGCGGGUUUACAACUAAUUACUAGUCCAAUAAUUGGGAGUUGGAGUGAUGUUCAAGGACAUCGUUUAAUUUUCAUUCAAACUAUGGUCAUUUGUUCUCUGUGCUAUCUCCUUUGGGGAUUCACAACAUCCCUUGGUGUCAUUCUCUUGAUUAGGCUUGUUUUAGGUUCAUUUAAACACACACAAACACUUUGCAAAGCCUUAAUUUCAUACACUGUUCCUCAACCUGAGCAAGCAGAAGCUUUCGGAAAAUUGAAUGCAAUGGCUGGAAUUGGUUUUAUGAUUGGACCUAUCAUUGGAGGGCAUAUGGCUGAAUUGGAAAAUGGAUUUUUAUAUAUUUGUUGUUUAGUUGCAUUCACUUUAUGGAUAAACAUAGGUCUUGUUCCUCUCAGCUCUAGUGGGGCUUUUUUGCGGGUUGUGGGAAUGGAGAUACUUUUGCAAAGGACUGAUGCUGAUAAACGGGGUUCUCUGAUGGGGUCAAGCAAUAGUGUAUCUUCAAUUGGUCGACUAGUGGGACCUGUGAUUGGGGGAUUAAUCCGUGAUCUUGCAGGGGCACAGGCGUCAGCUGGUGCAUCUCUGGAACUCGUGACCGUGAAAGUGCAAGGCUGGUUACUUCACUUCCGGCUUGGCUUCAACGAUGUUCCUGGCUCGGAAGAGGAGGAUUGCCUUUGGCAUGUGAAAGAAGAAAGCAUGAAGGUUAUUGAACUUCAUCCAAUAACUGAGGAAUGA